GUUUCAUAAGAAUUCUCACGUUCAUUCAUUUUGAUUUUUAUCCUCUUCCUUAUUUUAUGUGUUGCGGCGGGGCAAUGUCGCUAUUCCUGAAGAGCUCCAGAGAAAUGCGGAGCUGGGGUUUCAUUGAAUGGGGGGUGUGAUCCGUCAUGUGGGGUUUCCACCCCGUCCAUGGCAGAGACUUCCCGGCGCCGGCGGCGGAAUCGUAAGUUCAUACAACAGCGCCAAUGGGGUCUCGAGACGGCAAGCUCUGGAGCAAGUGGAUAAGGAGCUGGCCAAGGGAGAUGAGAGGGCCGCACUCUCUCUUGUCAAGGAUUUGCAGGGCAAGCCCGGCGGGCUCCGAUGCUUCGGCGCUGCUAGCCACAAUCAGGUACCUCAAAGACUCUUUACCUUGGACGAACUGAAGCUGAAUGGAAUAGAAACAUCGUCUCUUUUGGCACCAGUUGAUGCAACAUUGGGUUCUAUAGAAAGAAAUCUGCAGCUUGCUGCCAUUGUAGGAGGAAUUUCAGCAUGGAAUGUGUUUGGAUUUAAUGCCCAACAAAUCCUAUAUUUGUCAUUAGGAUUGUUAUUUCUAUGGACACUAGACUCAGUGUCCUUUAAUGGAGGAGUUGGGAGCUUGGUUUUGGAUACAAUUGGCCACACUUUUAGUCGAAAGUACCAUAACAGAGUUAUUCAACAUGAAGCUGGUCAUUUUUUAAUUGCCUACUUGCUCGGUGUUCUGCCAAAGAGUUACACAUUAUCUAGUUUAGAAGCUUUGAAGAAGGAAGGAUCUCUCAACGUUCAAGCAGGAACUGCUUUUGUGGAUUUUGAGUUUCUUGAAGAAGUUAAUGCUGGGAAAGUGUCAGCUGUGAUGUUGAACAGGUUCUCUUGCAUAGCACUGGCAGGUGUGGCUACCGAGUAUCUUCUUUACGGAUACUCUGAGGGAGGCCUUGCUGAUAUUGACAAGUUGGAUAGCUUACUCAAAAGUUUGGGCUUCACACAGAAGAAGGCAAAUUCUCAAGUCAGAUGGGCUGUACUUAAUACAUUCCUAAUACUGCGUCGGCAUGAGAAGGCACGAGCAAAGCUUGCAGCAGCCAUGAUGUUGGCAAUGUCUGUAGGCACUUGCAUUGACAUUGUAGAGGAAACCAUGGAUGAUACAGAUAUCUAGCUGCAAUUCAGCUGUUGUUGAUGCCUACGGUUCAAUUUGACUUCAAUUCUCACUCUCUGCGAGUGCACAUGCUUCUGGAAGUCCAUCAUCAAGCAAGAUGAAUUCCAAGGUUGUGUACAAAUGUGCAAUGCUCAGAACAUAUUCUUGUAUGGUAGUGAUUAAAACAAAGGUGAUGAACCCUGAUGGUCAUCCAUAUAAAUUUUUGGGAAGUUUCCCAUGGGGGUUAAAAAAUCAGCUGUUAAUAAAAUUAAGGUUGACUCA